GACUAAAGAUGACACGCAGUUGAAGACUGUGCAUCAGAAUACUAUCAGCACUAUCCGUGUUUACGAGGGCUCAGGUGGUGCUGUUCGAAAAUUCAGCACGAGUGGUGUUGAUGGAAGAGUUGUUAUUUGGAACGCAUAGAAGUAGGGAGAAAUCAAAGCACAGAUGUUUCAUACCCUUUUGGUAGAACUUCCAUCCUUGAACUGUCUCUAGCUUUUCUUCUUUGGUGGUUCCAUGCAUCAUCCGAGUCGUUCCAUAGAUUUCUUGCCUUUCAGUAUUAUCUCCAGCGAUAUCCAGAUAACUCUUGAAGAGUUCUUUCAGGAGCUAGGCUCCCAUAUAUGAUUCAGCUCAUCGUCCUACAAAACAUUCGUGCCUUCUGCUUUUCUUCUAAUCACCAUAAAAUUGCCACCAGUCAUCCUGAUCUGUACACCCUUCGCCCAAAUGUUAUUUACAGUCUACAGCAUGGCAGGAGACCCGGAAGACGAUAGGAAUCUGCUCCAAGGAUUGCCCAAUAACAUGCAGCCUCCCAGGGUUCCUCUUCCGAACGCUAACUAUAUCAACAACUUCAGUGGCUUCGGCGGUAUACGCCACGGAUUCAACGCCCCUUCUUCAAUUGAUCAUCUACGUCACACGUACACCCAGUUUCCUCGGUCUCCUCCGACUACACCUCGCCCUCUACAUCGUACCGCGGUGUCCAAUUUAAUCAAUAUGGGUACCCACACUCGAGCAAAUCCAUCACCUCCAGGAAAUAGGUAUCACGGGGUCACGGUAAUUGAUGACAAUCAUGACAAUCCAACCGAUGAAGAAAUGACAACUUCAGUCCAAAGUGCUGAAUCCCCCAGCAAUCGGUCUAUGAAAGAACAACAGGUUGAGAUGGAUCGCACUUGUUCUUGCCAUAGUGGGUUUCCAUCCAUGGCUUCUAAUACAAACCCAGCCCCCGGCUUCAGUAACCACACCACAAUAGUUCCAGCUUCGAACUGUCUUCUUCCCAACAUCAGUUCGCUGUUGGGCCGUACCUCGUCUUGCCAGGACCCUCCGAACCAAGACUGCACCCGAAUGGGCCAUCAAGGAACUAGGCACGUACAAACCACCCAGGAGCCCGAGGCCUCAUUUUUCAAUGUCAUGCCACCUCCAAGAUUGCCUAGUGCGUCAGGGGUUUCCUCCAGUACUAUCCGCCCUCCAGUUAGCAUUGCGGAACAACGCUACUUCCUCAUCGUGACCCUUUACCACACGUGUCUCGAUGCUUCAGCGGCCUACAUCCGUUCCAUCCCCCAAUCCUCAAGCCAUCGCGUCGCGAAACCUCACCAUCGCCGCUCACGCCAAGAGCAAGGGGCUCGCUAUUACCCGUAUCCCUCACCUAGUGCAGGACGAGGACCUACGCUAAUGGACAACAUCUCGGUGAUCUCCACAUACGUCUGGCGCAAAGCAAGGAGAGAUGUUAUGGCUCCCCACAGAGCCGAAGCGGCUGCCGUGCGCACCAUGAAGGAUUUAUAUGCAUGGGGUGAAAUCGUGGUUCGUGGGUUUGAGGGAGAGGACCGUGGGUGUGAUGAGCAGGAGGGAGAAAGCGAGUCGAGUGUAUUAGGGGAUGAGAGGGAUGCCGGAAGGGUUGGAGAGGCGGCUAAGAGGCUGUGCCGUUGGUUUGGGGAUGAGCAGGCGUCGAACGUUUGUGAGGAGUUGGCUGGAGAAUUGCUACACUUGAAGAAGAAGGGGCAGGCUGGCACGAGGAACGUCAGUAUUGAUGAAAGCUCGGAUGGGUUUGCGAAUAUCCUCUAACUGUGCAUGCUGGAGAGAACAAGGGAACUGGUCUGAGUAGCGGGUGGCUCUUUGGAAUUCUGGAAUGUACGAUUAUUUGGUCAAACGGUCUGGAGAUGGAGAAUAUCAAAUCACGCAUGGCGGAGCGUGAGCACCAUAUGCGUAGGGAAACACAGGUUUAUGAAUAUCCUCAUAUGGAAUCUACUGUACUAAACCACCG